UGCUGUGCAUUGUGCUUUAAUAAAUAACAGUCAUUAACUAAUAAUAAAUUUAACAACUAGAUCAAUAUUAUACCAUCGCACUCGAAUAGUCUUAUUUACUAUAAGAAGUUACAAGUCAAUUAUCUCGCGGAGCAAAAGGCAAACUAAAAAAAUUGGCGUUGGAACAUUUUUUUUUUCGUAGCUAAACAUGAAUACGAUUGAUUGUAGUUAAGUGCGUAAGGAAGCUGGCGCGUGCAUUAUUUUAUUACAAGUUGAUGCAAAAGUGCACAUUCAAAUCACACUCCGGAAAUCUGACAACCAAGCUAAUAAACAGACAAAUACAACAACAAAGCCAAGAGAAGUCAACGCUGGUUGCUAGUAUUUGGUUUUGUCGUCCGUUUGUUUGUUAGUGUGCGUGCGUGCGCGUGUAUGUGCGUGCAUGUGUGGGGGUGUGAAGAGCGGCAGCGCGUGCUCGAAAUCACCAUUACCAACUGUUUCCGCGUUUGACAGCACCAGGGAAGAACAAAACUUGACAACAACAAAAACAAAAAAGUGUGUCUUCUCACGAGGCAGGGGUAGAGGCAGGUCCGAAACGUUGUGAACCUGAGCAGCAGACGCCAAGGACCAAGGACACACACACAAUCGCACAGAAACCACACAACAAAUUGAAACAGAACACAAAUGGAUGUGUUGGAAUUACUACGUGCAAGCGCUCAGGGCUAUUAUAACACGAUAUUCUCCGAUGCCUGGUGUCACUAUGUGUCCAAGCAUAUCGAAUCGACCAUGUAUCUUUAUUGCGCUCUGGGCGUGCUCACCGCGUUCUUUAUCGCCUGGUUCUUGUACUUCAAACGCCUGGCGCGUCUGCGUUUGCGCGAUGAGCUCACACGGUCGCUCAGUGCCGUCACCUCGUCGGGUGGCGAUCUGCGAGGACUGCGUUUUCGGAAACGUGACAAAAUGCUCUUCUAUGGGCGACGGAUGCUCCGGAAAAUGAAGAACGUCUCCGGCCAGAUGUAUAGCAGUGGCAAGGGCUACAAGAGACGGGCUGUUAUGCGCUUUGCCCGCCGCAUUCUUCAGCUGCGUCGCGAUAAUAUGCCGUUGGAGAUGAAAACGGUCGAACCGCCUGCUGAAUAUCUCGAAGAAAGCCAUGAGGGCAGUGAGCGUGUACCCCCAGAUGCGUUGUACAUGUUGCAAAGCAUACGCAUCUUUGGACACUUCGAGAAGCCUGUUUUCCUUAAGCUAUGCAAGCACACGCAAGUGGUGGAGCUAAUGGCGGGCGACUAUCUGUUCAAGAUCACCGAUCCCGAUGACAGCGUCUAUAUUGUGCAAUCGGGCUUGAUUAAUGUGUACAUUUCGAAUGCGGAUGGCAGCACAUUGUCACUAAAGACGGUGCGCAAGGGCGAAUCGGUGACAUCUCUGCUCAGCUUUAUAGACGUGCUGUCAGGCAAUCCAAGUUACUACAGAACAGUCACGGCCAAGGCUAUGGAAAAGUCUGUGGUCAUACGGCUGCCAAUGCAGGCCUUUGAGGAGGUUUUUGCAGAUAAUCCUGAUGUGAUGAUUAGAGUGAUUCAGGUGAUCAUGAUACGUUUACAACGCGUACUCUUUACCGCACUUCGCAACUAUCUGGGUCUCAAUGCCGAGCUGGUGCAGAAUCACAUGCGCCAAAAGAAUACCGGCAUCACAUUGCCCCCAUCCCUGAUAUCACAACCAUCGCGCCUUGUCGUGACGGGAGUGGGAGCAGGAGCAGGAGCAUUAAGCACAGGCGUAGCAUGCCCGCGGCCACCCGUCUCACCGUCCCGCCAUUCGCGCGAGGAGCACACACUCUCCGAUGUUGAUCCCACUCCUAAUUCGCUCUUCGCCGAAAUCCACGGCGAUGCCCCCAACAUUGAUUUGUACCAUCAGCAGCAUUACAGCGUCUCUGGUGGCAAUUUGUCCACUCGUCGCUCCUCGCUGACACAUCUAGGUCCCGAAACUGGGUCUGGGGCGUCCAUCGACUUUCGUCUGGUUCAGUCCUCGGCCGUCGAGAGUUUGCUCAAGGAGCUGGGGCUCAGCGAUGAGGACGCACCCGUCAUUGAACCCUUUGUGGAGGUGCGCGAGUUGGAGCCAAAUGUAACGCUCAUCACCGAAGGUAAUGCGGAUGAUGUUUGCAUGUGGUUUGUUAUGACCGGCACCCUUGCUGUCUAUCAAACGAAUGCUGAUGGACCGCGCGCUAAGCAAGAGAAAACCGAGGUUCUCAUACAUUUUGUACAUCCCGGCGAAAUUGUUGGCGGCCUGGCCAUGCUGACUGGGGAGGCUAGCGCCUAUACGAUCAAGUCGCGCAACAACAGUCGCAUCGCCUUUAUACGACGAGCUGCCAUAUACCAAAUUAUGCGACAGCGUCCACGCAUUGUCCUGCAUUUGGGUAACGGCGUUGUGCGGCGCCUCUCCCCGCUGGUGCGUCAGUGUGACUAUGCCCUGGACUGGAUCUUUCUGGAGUCUGGUCGUGCUGUUUAUCGCCAGGACGAGAGCAGUGACAGCACCUAUAUUGUGCUCAGCGGACGCAUGCGUUCCGUGAUCACACACACCAGCGGCAAAAAAGAAAUUGUCGGCGAGUAUGGCAAGGGUGAUCUUGUGGGCCUUAUUGAGAUGAUUACGGAAACAUCGCGUACCACCACCGUCAUGGCAGUGCGAGACUCUGAGCUCGCCAAACUGCCCGAGGGCCUGUUUAAUGCCAUCAAGCUGCGUUACCCCAUUGUGGUUACGAAACUAAUCAGCUUUCUAAGUCAUCGUUUCCUGGGCUCGAUGCAAACGCGCACUUCCAAUCCACAGAGUGCGCCCGUCGAAGCCAAUCCAGUAACCCACAAAUACUCCACGGUCGCAUUGGUACCGAUUACGGACGAAGUGCCGUUGACGCCAUUUACCUUCGAACUCUAUCACUCACUUUGUGCCAUAGGUCCCACACUGCGACUCACCUCGGAUGUGGUGCGAAAACAGCUGGGUGUUAAUAUAUUUGAGGCGGCAAACGAGUACCGACUGACAUCAUGGCUGGCGCAGCAGGAAGAUCGCAACAUAAUCACGCUCUAUCAGUGUGACAAUUCACUAAGUGCCUGGACGCAACGUUGCAUGCGUCAGGCCGAUGUUAUUCUCAUUGUUGGUCUGGGCGAUCGCUCGCAUGUGGUGGCAAAGUUUGAGCGAGAGAUCGAUCGUUUGGCCAUGCGCACGCAGAAGGAAUUGGUGCUGCUCUAUCCGGAGACGACAAACGCGAAGCCGGCGAAUACGUUGAGCUGGCUGAAUGCCCGUCCCUGGGUAACCAAACACCAUCAUGUGCUGUGUGUGAAGCGCAUUUUCACGCGCAAAAGUCAAUAUCGCAUUAAUGAUCUCUACAGUCGUGUGCUGCUGUCCGAACCGAAUAUGCAUUCCGAUUUCUCACGCCUGGCGCGCUGGCUAACUGGCAACUCGAUUGGUUUAGUGCUUGGUGGGGGCGGUGCACGCGGUGCUGCCCACAUUGGCAUGCUGAAGGCCAUCCAGGAGGCUGGCAUACCGGUUGAUAUGGUCGGAGGCGUCAGCAUUGGCGCAUUAAUGGGCGCACUUUGGUGCUCGGAACGAAACAUCACCACUGUUACGCAGAAGGCGCGCGAAUGGUCGAAGAAAAUGACCAAGUGGUUUCUGCAACUGCUUGAUCUCACCUAUCCCAUUACGUCUAUGUUCUCGGGCCGCGAGUUCAAUAAAACCAUACAUGACACAUUCGGCGACGUGAGCAUCGAGGAUCUCUGGAUACCCUACUUCACGCUCACAACCGACAUUACCGCCAGCUGCCAUCGCAUUCACACAAAUGGUCAUCUGUGGCGCUACUGCCGAGCCAGUAUGUCCAUUGCUGGCGUCUUCCCACCCUUCUGUGAUUAUCGUGACGGGCAUUUGCUGCUCGAUGGCUGCUAUACGAAUAAUGUUCCAGCCGAUGUGAUGCACAAUCUGGGCGCUGCCCACAUUAUCGCCAUCGAUGUGGGCUCCCAGGACGACACAGAUCUGACCAACUACGGGGACGAUCUGAGUGGCUGGUGGCUGCUCUAUAAGAAAUGGAAUCCAUUCACCUCGCCCGUCAAAGUGCCCGAUUUGCCGGACAUACAGUCCCGUCUAGCCUACGUCUCAUGCGUACGCCAACUGGAGGAGGUCAAGAAUUCAGACUAUUGCGAGUACAUACGACCGCCCAUUGACAAGUACAAGACCUUGGCCUUCGGCAGCUUCGAUGAGAUACGCGAUGUGGGGUACGUCUUUGGGAAGAACUACUUUGAGAGCAUGGCGAAGGCGGGUCGUCUUGGCCGUUUUAAUCAAUGGUUCAACAAGGAGCCGCCAAAGCGGGUUAAUCAUGCCUCACUCAAUGAGUAUACAUUCAUCGAUUUGGCGCAGAUUGUGUGCAAACUGCCUGAGACAUAUGCAUUCAACUCGGCGGACAUCUUUAGUGAGGACGAGGACUGCGAUGGCUAUAUAUCGGAGCCGUCUACACUGAACACGGAUCGACGUCGAAUUCAAGUGACACGUGCCGGAAACUCGCUGUCAUUCUCUGAGACUGAAAUGGACUCCGAUAUGGAGAUCGACCUGAAGCUGGAACGCAAAAUGGACAAAUCUACGCAGUCCACACCGCCUACACCAAGCACACCGCUUAAACAGGAUACCGAAGUGGGGGCGCCCAGCACUUCAACUCCAGCAACGCCAGCCCCCACUAAAUUAGAUAAAAAACCAGAAGCGAUACUUUCAACUGAAGCGACAACAGCAGCGGAAACAACAAAAACAGAAACCCAUGUGACGCCGUCCCCAGAGCAGAGCACUAAUGAGACACUCCAGGCGGUGGUCGAGGCGGUCAAGGAUCUGGAAGCGCCAGAGGCAUUGGAAACGCACACUCCGUCAACGGACAACAAACAAACCGCGAACUCUUUGGAGCCGGACCGAAGCGAGAAAGAGGCGCAGCAGCAACUGAAUACCAAAAAUAACUAGUGGCCCUCAAAGAAGAGAAGCCGCCAAUUGUAUAAUGCCGGGGCACGCAACGUGCUCCAUAUGAUAUAUAUUUGGAGAGGACUGGAUUUUUUUAAAUUUAUUUUUAAAAUUUUUGUUUUUUGCUUUUUUAUUUACUUAGCAUAGCGCGAUGUUGAGGAGGCAAUUAAG